GGGGUUUAGGCUAUUAUGGUACAACACACUGUUACUACAUCACGGAACAUAAAACUGGCCUCAUCCAAUCAGCACAAAUAGCCCCGCACAUCAGAGCGCAAUUCUCCGACUACUUAGUAUCUAUGAAGGAGGCAAGUGGUACCGAUUCAUAUGGUGUUACGUGUUUGGUGGGUGGAAGCUCGAAUUUACGUCUUCUAGAGCGCUGUGUCGUGCAAAGUGAGGGUUGAGCCAUUCGGUGCAACAGAUCGUAUUAUAUAAAGUAAACCAGAGCUAAGCGAUACGACUGAUAUAUUUUCGUGGUGCUGUCGUUAAUACGUAAGGAGCGCAAAAAUGGCCACAGCUGUUGCGACGACGCAACUCCCCCUUGCGUUCGAAUCGCGCCUGGAGGGGUCUGUACAGUCAACUCAUUCCAAGAAACGUCACGACGUGCCGACGAGCAUCAACUAUUAUAAGGACCCAGGUGACGGUUCUCUACCGAUGCCCAUCGUAAUCGCCGAAAACACCGUGAAGAACGAGCGUCCGCACAUACCACAGCAAGUAACCAUCCACGACGUAACGGGCGAAGAAGAAAAGUACGCCCUCGACAGCCACGGGUUCCAAUUCCUACGGCACGAGAGCAAGCUCGAGUCCCUAGAAGAUUUCCAAGACGAAGAGCUCGUCAAAUCCGAGUACUACCCAGAGUCGAUACAGCUAUUAAAAGACAUAACCGGCGCAUCCCGCAUCUUCAUAUUCGACCACAAGACGCGCUGCGGCCCGUCGAACUGGCACAAGCUCGGCAAAGGCAACCGGUCCUCGCGCGGGCCCCUGUUCCGGGCGCACGUAGACCAGUCCUACGACGGCGCGGAGCUCGUCCUGCGGCGCUGGUUUCCGGACGAGGCAGACGAGCUGGUCAAGCGGCGGUACCAGAUCAUCAACCUCUGGCGACCCAUCCGACCCAUCGCCAAAGACCCGUUCGCCGUCGCCGACGCGACCACGAUCCCGGACGCGGACCUGGUCGCCGCCUCGAUCAUCUACCCGCGGGACCGGGACCGGGACGAGACGUGGACGAUCAAGCCGCGGCCCGCGCACCGGUGGUACUACAAGCGCUUCCAGCAGCCCGGCGACGUGCUGCUCAUCAAGUGUUUCGACUCCGACGCCGCCGUGCCCGCGCGCCGGGCCCCGCAUAGCGCGUUCGAGGACCCGGACUGUGAGGACGCGGAGUCUAGGGAGAGCAUCGAAACGAGGGCUUUGGUUUUUUAUGAUUAGGCAAGGAUUAGGGAUUAGGUAUGCUGCUGAAAUAUUGACUGUGUAUCAAUUGUUGGUAGGAAUUACGAAGGUAUUAUGAGUUUUCAGAAAUGAAACAAGGGGUGAUUAAAGCCUAAACAUAAGU